CUUCCAGAGGCACCAGCACUAAGCCUUCUGAUAAAGAUCCUACGUUUUCAAGCACAGGUGCCUAUAUAUACGAAUAGCAGACAAGACGUGCAUAGAUGCAGCUGGGUCCAGAGUCCAUAUUGUGAGAACAAAGGUCUUGUUUAGUUAACUCGGAUUAUCAAACAAAAUAUAGAAUAAUGUUAUCUCUGCUCUGAAACCCGUGGGACCUGUACUGCUCAAAUAGUGCUCAAUAGUGUAGUAACCUCACUAACUGACGAUGCUGAUUUUUUUGACCUUGUCCGUGCUGUUGACCACGGCGUGCGGUGCUGUGUACGACUAUGGCGCGUACGACUCAACCAGAGACGACUUCCGACUGGGCAGGUUUCCUGACGGCUUCAUCUGGAGCACAGCCACGGCGUCCUACCAGAUCGAGGGCGGCUGGGACGUGGACGGCAAAGGUGAGUCCAUCUGGGACAGGUUCUCCCACACACCUGGUAAGGUGCAGCGAGGGGACACCGGAGACGUGGCCUGUGACAGCUACAACAAGUACGGAGAAGACGUGCAACUCAUGACGGACCUGGGUCUGAAGUACUACCGCUUUUCUCUGUCAUGGCCGAGAAUCUUUCCUAACGGUACUCUUGCGGGUGGUGUCAACCAAGAUGGCGUCAACUAUUACAACAGGCUGAUUGACGAGCUGCUCGCAAACGGGAUCACCCCGAUGGUAACACUGUACCACUGGGACCUCCCGCAAGCCCUAGAAGAGAUGUAUGGAGGGUGGUUGAACGAGGAGAUUGCCGAACAUUAUCACAACUACGCCACCUUCGCGUUCCAGACUUUUGGUGACAGAGUGAAGUUGUGGCUAACUUUUAACGAACCGCUGUCGUUCUGUGGUGGAGGUUACCUGACGGGACAACAUGCCCCCGGUAUACAAGACUGGACGACAGAGUCAUCUCUACGCUGUGGACACACAGUAUUGAAGGCCCAUGCCAUGGCCUGGCACACCUACGACACAACCUUCCGACAUCUUCAGGGAGGAAAAGUCGGGAUCGCUCUGAGUCUUCUGUGGGCGGAGCCUCGUGAUCCGGACCUCCCUGCCGACGUCCAGGCAACAGACAUCGUACUGCAAAUCUACCAGCGGUGGUUCGCACGGCCCAUCUUCGGAGACGGGGAGUAUCCUCCCGUGAUUCAGCAAACGAUUCAGAAAUUGAGAUCGGCAAAGAAGCUUGAGGGUCUUGGGUUUUCCGACGAAGACAAAUCCUCCAUUCGUGGUUCUGCGGAUUUCUUCGGUGUGAAUCACUAUACGACCAGCAUUGUGGCUAGCAAACCCAUCGACAUACAGACACAGAACCUUCUCGAGUCUUUUGAACAAACCUCCGCCCCGGAGUGGCCACGUGCUGAGUCCGACUGGCUGUUUGCAGUGCCGUGGGGACUACGCAGGCUGCUCAAGUACAUCAAGGACAACUACGGGGAUCCCGAGGUGUACAUCACAGAGAACGGCUGGUCUGACGGUGACGUCCAGCCGCCUGUCAUGGAGGACACGGGCCGCGUCUGUUAUUACAUGACGUACAUCGAUGAGGUGCUGAAAGCAAUCGAAAAGGAUGGGGUGAAGGUUCGAGCCUACACAGCCUGGUCGCUCAUGGACAACUUCGAGUGGGCCCGAGGCUACACCGAACGGUUCGGACUUCACUACGUCAACUUUACCGACCCGAACCGGCCCCGAACACCCAAACAGUCGGCCAAGUUUUACAGUGACAUCAUCGCUAAUAACGGUUUUCCUGAGGGGUCAGAGGUCACCAAGAUGGUCAGGGACAUGUGGAGCAAAUGUCGCACUCAUAAGAUUCUGAAAGACGAGCUUUAGACUCAUAUUCAUAAUAUUGUGAUUUUCAUUUCAAUAUUUGUA